AUGUGCAAGGUCCUCAAGGACGGUGGGAGUGGUCUGAAAAUACUCUACGCUGAGACCCUAAAGGGGAUGGGCAUCCCGAUGUCCCGACCCAACAAGAGUAGCAUGCAAUUCCACGGUGUCAACCCUAGAAAGAAAGCAAAGUCACUUGGGCAGAUCGCCCUGGACGUGGUCUUUGGGGAUGAAGAGAACUUCCGAAAGGAAAUGUUGACUUUUGAAAUGGUAGAUUUCCACAUCGCCUAUCACGCCAUUCUCCGUUGGUCAGCUUAUGCAUGCUUCAUGGCCCGCCCAUGUUAUGUGUACCUCAAGUUGAAGAUGCUCGGACCUAAAGGUGUGAUCACUGUCACUGGGAAUAGGUAG